AUGCGUCUUGAACAAGAAGAAAAAGAACAAAAAUGGCUUCAAAUUGAGAAACAAAUCAAACAGGAAUAUGAAGAAGAAAUACAGUCGCAUGCACAAAAUAUGUUUGUCAUCAUUAAAGAAGUCACUCCGCUAAAUGAGAAGCAAAAAGGUUUAGAAAAACGAAUGCAAACACUGAAACGCAUUGAAAAAACCAUUAAAAAUUGUGAAUAUUCCGAUUUCCAUUCACAAAUCAUGCAUGACUUCAUACUACCAAAAUUCGAUUUACUCAUUAAUUAUAUCAAGGAAAGUGUUCAGAAUAUAGAUGAGUAUUUCAUUGAUAAAAUACCUAAACUAACAUUUGUAGAAGUCAAUGGUGAUACAUAUGCUAUUACUCUCCGUGGCUUUCCAGAUCAUCAUACAGCAUUUGAAGCUGUCCGAGAUCGAUUAUUCAAUCUUUCAAAUUCAGUCAAAUCAGCCAAAGAAUUUUAUCAACGAGACAUCAAUUGA